UGAUCCACCCCAAUAUAUCGAAUUCAUACGCCAUACGCACUGCAUCUUCUCUCUCGCUCAUCCUUCUUUACUCUCUCUGGCUAGACCUAACCUCCACCGCCACCCUUACCUCCGUCGACAUCACCAACACCUCUCAGUACCUAAACUGCCAAUUCCGCACCCUCAUCUCCCACUGCCUCUCCCUUAAACCCUACAUCCCCUAUUCUAUUAUAGAGAUCGACUGCUCCAACUCCAGUUAGUAAUCCAGCCGCCUCCGACCAUCGAUCAACUACUCCCCUCCAUCGCCUCUUUCAAACACCACUGACGUAACCCACACACAAACAGAUUAUGAGUUUAACCAAUUUGUAUGUGUGUUUAGUCCUCAGAACCAGAGAGAACUCUAUUUGGCGUUGAUUCUACCAUCACCACGAACUCGAAUGUAAUCAGGUGCUCUGUUUUUCUGACUAUAAUUUGGAACGAUGAUUUUGACUGUAGGCGACUGGGGGUUUGUCUUAUAUUCAAGGAUAUGGCUUUCCCUCUUUGAUCUUGCCCCAAUCAGUCUCGACUGGAGCCUAAUAACCUAUGGUUUUCUUUUUCCAAUACAUUUUCUAAGUGUCUGAUAAAAUUGAGUGCUCUGGAUGUUGUAUAUAUGUGAUUAAUUUUACUGUGUUGAUUGGUAAGUAUAUCAAUUAAAGUGAAACAGAGAGUUUCGGAGUUGGGUUCCAUUUGUUUUUCAUCUUUGAUUAAUUUCUUGUAAUUCCCACUUCCAGGUUUCUCGAUUGUUAAUCUUUCCUACGUCAACUUCUGUUAAUCUUUUAUUUUUUAUGUUUAUUGAUGUGUAUAGGACAAUUGAUUCAGUGUGGAUUGUUAAUUUUCGAUACUUCAGUUUUUCUGUUAAUGAAAUGGUGAAUCUUUGUCGUCGUCAAAACCUUAUAGAAUUCAGCUACCAUAUAGUGGUUGUGAAAUCGUAACAUAUUUAUGCAGAUUUUUUAAGUGUAUGUAUGGCAACCUCUCGUGAAGAAGAAGAAGAAGAAGAAGAAUAUGUGGUGCUUGACUUGGAUUCAGUUUCUGGGCAACUUCACAUUCCACCUAAUGCUCCCUAUGUUCUCUCUGGCCUGGAUACAUUGAACCCGAUCCUAAUUAUUGAUGACAAAAUAAAGCGGAUUGGCGAAUACGAGGAAACUAUUGGAACAUGUCUUGUUUUUAGUGAACACGAUGCUUCGCCUGUGGUUCAUGAAGAAACGGGAUCAUCCGAAGUAAACCUUUUUUCAGGAAAAUGUAUAAUUAAUCCGAAUGAGGUUACAAGAAAGCAAGUCAAACCUAUUUGUCAACUCCAAAAGGUUCUUAGGUUCAAGUUGUUACAAGAUGAUCAAACCAACAAUGUUGUUGAUGUUCCAACAAUCGAACAUAGUACCAUGAAGAACGACUAGUUUUUUUGUUGUAUGUUUAUAGUUGUUAAAGUUUUUAAAAUGACCUUUUCGACCA